AUGAACUACUUUGAAGGGCCGAUUCCAACUGGUAGCAAUGAGCUUUGUGCAAGUGCAACCACCACCUUAUUCCAGUUUCCACUUUGCCCCAUAGUGUCAGCUGUUGAGAGGAAGAAUGCACUCCUAUUGGUGAAAGUAAUUCCUCCCAUUGCUAUUGCCUUGCUCUCCUUAAUAUGCUUUGUCUUCACUCUUCUGAAGAGAAGGCAAGCACAAGAAGCUCCAUGCUACAAGGAGACAAUGAACAAGGUUUCAUAUAGUGACAUCAUUAAAGCUACCAACUGGCUCUCUCCAGUUAACAAGAUCAGCUCAAGUCGCACCGGUUCGAUCUACAUUGGAAGGUUUGAGUUUGACACGGACUUGGUUGCCAUCAAGUUAUUCCAUCUCCAGGAGAAUGGUGCGCGUGACAGCUUUGUUACCGAGUGCGAGGUGUUGCGAAACACCCGCCAUCGCAAUCUUGUCAAAGCUGUCACCGUAUGCUCGACAGUAGACCUAGAGAACAAUGAAUUCAAAGCUAUAGUUUAUGACUUCAUGGCCAAUGGAAGCUUGGACAUGUGGGUGCACCCAAAGCUACACAACAAUAGCCCCAAGAGAGUACUAAGCUUGGGCCAGAGGUUAAGAAUUGCGAUGGACGUUGCGCUGGCUCUGGAUUAUAUGCACAACCAGUUAACUCCUCCUCUAAUCCACUGUGAUUUGAAGCCCGGAAAUGUUCUUUUGGACUAUGAUAUGACCGCAAGGGUUGGUGAUUUUGGGUCAGCGAGGUUUCUCUCUUCAACUCCUGGUAGUCCAGAAGAUUUGGUUGGUGUGGAAGGAACAAUUGGAUACGUCGCUCCUGAGUAUUGUAUGGGAUACAAAGUCUCAACAGGGUGCGACGUCUACGGUUUCGGGGUCUUGCUUCUGGAAAUGCUCACGGGUAGGCGACCAACGGAUGCGAUGUUCACCGAUGGCCUGAGCCUGCACAAGCUUGUGAGCUCAGCGUUUCCAGGUAGACUUGGAGAGGUUUUAGAUCCCCAUUUGUCCUACGAGCAGCAGCUUGCGUGUGACAGAGUGUUUAUGCGGAGAUAUAUGGUACACUUGGUUGAAGUUGCCCUCCUGUGUUCCAUGGAAUCGCCUAAAGAUCGACCGGGAAUGGGAGAAGUUUGUGCCAGAAUUUUGUCUAUCAAAGAGGCAUUCUUUGAGCUCUGCUGAUUAACCUGCAGAUAUCUAACUUGAAUAAAAAUCUGUGACGUGGAUACUUUGCUGUAAAUCUUGGUUCAAUAGACCUCUAGUUAUUAAUAUAUGAAUUCCUAGAAAGAGUACAUGUUCAGUACUGGAGCUCCCUAUGUUGGAAAACUAGUACGUACUGUAUUUCCUAAUUGUGUUAUUUGUAUCUAGAAUAUAUUUCUAGAACCUGGGUGCAUAUAUAUACCUAAUUUUUGAAUCUGUCCAUUCAAAUAAAUAUGUGCAUCUGAUCAUCUGUAUUGACUGAAAUUUCUGAGCAACAAUGUUUAAUUCUUAGUGAAAACAUACUUCAAUUCUUGGUGAAAUUUCUGCGUUCACUGUAUAAUGUAUCUUCUAUGAAGUGCAUCAUAAUUGAUUAUAAACUGAGUAGUGGCAAUUCAUUAGAAUCCACUUUAUGGGUGUACCUAAUAGUAAUAGAUAGAAUUCUGCUUAUCUAACUCUCGAUUGUCAUCAACUCUGAAUCCCCAUGACUUGUUGACUGGAAUUCAAUUGGUUCAAAGGUAGAUGGCACGUGAAGGUGAGGCUUUACAUACAGCGAAAAAUACCUUUACAUACCGCGUCCGUUACAAAUUAAUCGGCACAAGAAUUUCACAAUACAUGCGCGUCAAUGUCAAA